CUUGUUUUCUGGGUCAAUCCUACUUUUCAUUUACAUUUUAAAUCUUCUCAUCCCCCUUAAUAUUUUCUCUGACAACUGUUUUAUUGAAUUUAUCGAACUUUAUUAUUAAAUUGGGUUUUAGUUUUCUUUAUAAAGGACCAAUUCUCCUUCUGUUUAGGCUGUUUCUUGAUAUACUUGAGGGUGGGUGUGUUUCUAUAGCUUUGCAUAUUGAAUUGUAGGAAAAUAUGGGUGCUGAAAAUCAGAGUUUAAAAAGAGAAUUUGGAGAAAAGGGGGUUGAAAAAAUAUAUGUUUCUGAAAAUAUUAAUGGAUUACAGUACACAAACACAAAAUCAGAGAGCUUUGUUGUGGAUAUGGAACGCAUAUCUCAUCUUGUGGAGAAAGAUAUGAAUGCAAAUUCAAGAAUUACUUUGCAGAGAAAUCUUUCAAGGAAGGGUUUAUUGAAAAAAACAAAUUUCAACGCUGUCAAUGAGAAAGACACAAGCCUAAUGGCGACUUCACCAAGAGCUUCUUUGCUAGGAGCAAGCAUGCCUGAAAAGCCCAUGGUGGUAACAGCAGGAACAACUGAUCACUCCACACUACACACACAUAAUCAGAACACAACGGUGGCCGCCAGUAAUGGUGCGGCGGCCACCAGUGGUGCUACCGCCAUCGAUAGCAAAGGUGUUUCCCAGAGAUUCAGUUUCAGACGAUCUGCUUCGCCUUCUUGGACCCUUGAUCCCAGGAGGAUACUUAUUUUCUUUGCUACCAUAUCAAGUGUGGGAACAAUACUAUUAAUCUAUUUCACACUAUCCAUGGCCAAGCUCAAUGGAGAAGAUAAAACUUCUUACUGAUCUAUUCACAUACUAUCCAUUGCCAGUCUCAAUGGAGAAGACAACGAUCUCAGCUGACAGAAAAGACGUCAAAAAACUGUCUGCUCUCCUAAAACAACAACGAGAUGAAAAAGUUAAAAUUUCCAAAUAAAAGUCUGUAUGAUAUCGAAGCAGAAGAGACCAGAGUAUAACUGGUUUUUGGGUGACAAACUUACUGGGAACAUUUGGAAGUACAAAAAAAUGGAGUUUGAUAAACGGAGUCAAAGAGAUGCUAAAAUUACAGAUAGACCUUUCAUUAGAAAGAAUUCAAGUGGCAGAUAUAACUUCAAUCAGCUGGCUUUUUUUGCAUGAUUUUCAAGAGAAGACCAUAUGACAAAGAUGUGAAAUAUUCAAAUAAUGAGUGGCAAGGUCUAGAACACACAUGUAUAUCUUUUCUUUUGUUUUUGUUUUUUUGGUUUUUGUUUUUCUUGUGUCAUGUAUAAACUUUUGAGUCUUUUAACUUUUAUACAGUGACGGUAUAAUUAUUUGUAUACCAUUACGUCACCUAACAAAUAAGUGUUCGAUGGUUAUAUAGCCCAUUACAAAUGUGCUUUCAAUUAUAUGGUAUUUUACA